CAAGGUGACGCGCUAGACAUCCAUGCCAAGCACCAAAGGCUCCCUUCGACCAGCCGAACCCCUCGGUUGUGAAGUCAUCAUUUUACACCACAUGUCGUCGCACAGGCGAACAAGUCGCGACGCUGACAAGCUCCAACACUCUCAAGUUCACAGACAUGUCCGAAGAUGACUCUUUAGUAGACCUGAUUGACAGAGAGGCUGUCUUCAACGCGUUGAACAAGGCGUUUGACAAGAUUGAUCGAAGCUUCGCUACCAAGCUACAAACUAGGGACAGGAAGCAGCAUCUCUUUCUCGACAGGGAGAAUAAGAGAUUAGAAGCUGAAGUGCUAGCCCUGCAGCAAGAGACCUCGGCUUUGCGGGAAAAAGUCCAGGAACUCUCAGCAGCCAAUAAUGCAAAUAAGCAGCAUCAUGAGUCUACUAUCAACCCUCGGCAGGUUCAGCUCGCAGGACAGCGUGCUCACGCUUCAAACGAAGAUGAUGGUGUCUACAGAGCACCAACCGCCCAACAGUUGGCUACCAAUUAUGCUCGACAUUCGUCGCUCGAUCCAAGACCGGACGAAGCCACGGAUUACGAACGCCUGAAGGAACGCUAUACACUUUUGAGAGCAGCUAAUAAACUGCUCAAGAAGGAAGUAAGGGAGGCGCAGGAUAAAGAGGAGAAGUGGUGGCACUAUGCCGAGGUUCUCGAAAAGGAACUUGGAAUACUUGGCAACAAAGAGCAGACUGAACGGCGGUUUGAAAUCGCAGCUGAGGUUAUGAAAAGGUCUCGCGCGGAAAGACGGACUCGAAAAGCUGCUGCUAUAUCGGAUCGACCCACUGGUACACCCUUAGAUAUACGCCCUGAGUGUGCCGCUGCCGGACCCAGCGCAAAUUCCAGCUUCAACUCAGAUACGGAGCGAGUCGCUCCACAAGCACCGAGUGGUGACAAUGCAAUCUCAAGGUCAUUUCAAGUGAACACAGCUCAACCAUUGACGACAAGGCAACCUUCUCCAAGAUCUGAAGCGCCGACGGAGGAGGGAUCAGACCACGACGAGGAGCCCAGUCUACCAGCACAUGCAAAUGACGAAACCCCCAAGGCCCACAAUACCGCUAAUAUAAAACAAGAGCCAUCGUCGGAUCCUCCCGUCUUCCUUUCGGCUCGACCAGUCAAGAAGCGAAGGCUUGCUGGAGACGAUUUGAACAGGAUAAGCACGCCCUCGCGCCGCGCAGUCAAAGAUGAGGUCGACCAAGAAGAUCCUGCUAUGUAUCUUAAAACAAUGGCCACGUUACGAAAGUCUCCUCAGGAAAGUUUUGACCUUGAUGAUGGAAUCACGGAGAUGCCAACACCCAAAAAAUGCAGGUUUUAUAAGUCAGCUGGUGAGAACCAUGUUUCCGCCAGAUCAGCUGCCCCUACGGUUGAAUCAGAACAAAACGAAGCUCCAUACCUCCCGCUUUCUGACCGCACGCCAAGGCAACCAGUUAUUCAUGACGAUAUGUCGUCCUCUGAUGAUGCUGAAAAGGGACGCGACAGCUCACCCUUUGGAUUUCAGCCCCUCGGUGCGCUCCUCAACACCCCAGCAGAACAGAGAGCCAAGACGAAUACACUAAUCCUCAACCCUUUUGCUCGCCGAGAAUUCGAGGGUCGAGAUAGUCGCGGAACUGCGAAGGAAAUGGGCCGAGGCAGCAAGCGGAAAGCGGAUGGCGACACUGAGAUAUAUCAAUCACCUAAGCCCGCGCCAAGCUUCCUCCCACCGUCGGCUCAAACACCUAAACAGCGUCCGUCCCCGGGGGUCCUUAGUCCUAGGAAACCCAAAACCAAAGCAGCUGGUCAGUCUCCGGCUCCCCACACCACAGCUCGGAAGCCAUUAGUGGAUCGCUCGACCAAUAUCCAGCCUAGAAGCCGAGGGCCUCCUCUUCGCUCUUUGCCUGUCGACUCGCUGCUGCUCACCGACUUCAGGAUCAAUCCAGCGACAAACGACAACAAAGAUUUUGCAUUCGAUGAAGUUGUUCGACACAAGGACGACCGAGCCAAGAUGACUGGCUGUACGGAUCCGCGAUGUCCCAGGACAAAAGACAUGCACGCUAUGGUACUCGCCGAGGUUGCUCACCUAACCAAGGAGCAUGGAGAGAGGUUUUAUCAAACGCCAGAGGGCGUCACUCUAGUUGAGAAGUAUCUGGGGGAUGACGCUGGUCGAAUACCUCACAUGGAUGUUUCUGAACGCAGGACGCUCUGGACGCAGGCGCGACUUCAGCAACAGGCCAAUAUUUACGGCAGAUGCAGGCACCGUUAUGAUCGUGGAAACACCCCAGAGCAGUAUUGGGACACCGGCUUUCCCAACACGCAAGAGCAGGAGAGAGACAGAGAGGAGGGUCGUAUGAUGGACAGGAGGAUGGUGGCAGUGAGACGUCGUGAGGCGUUGAAAAAGGGGGGCAGGUGGUUGUUCAAGGAUGAGUAUCCAUCCGAAGCCAACAAAAGGCAUCGUGUGUAAUUGGGAUCACAGUACAUUACAUAUGUGCACACGGGGCAUGGCGACAACUCUGUCUUUUUUUCUGACUGGGGACUUUUAAAGUAUAAGAGACGCGCGGAGUAGCUUUUGACAGUGGACAGGGCGAAUGGUGUUGGCUGGUUUACAUACAAAACUUAGGCUGCCAGUUGCCAACCUGAGCGGUCAUAUCAAGACUUUGCUCCGCAAUGGCUCGAUGUGCGCCUUGAGUUAUUACUAUUUUUGGAGGCUACUAGCACUGUCGACACUAAUUCCAAAGCUCUCGAUGCAUGCGCGCCCUUAGAUUAGUUCUUGGAUGGCGGCGCAUUUUACAACUCAGGUAUGUACCUAGGUACUUACCCACUCGUCACCAUAAUACAUUCCAUGCAGCCCAUAUAGAAGACUGUCACAAAAAAACCCAGCGAACGUUUCGAGUUGUUUGCCCUUGCUUUCUCUUGG